CACACACACACACAUACACACACACACACCCGAGCCCUGUUCAUCCGGCCCCCUGUGCAAGAUCAGCCCCUGCCAAUGCAACUGAGCCAAGUGCCCAUGGAACUCUAGGCGGGAAGCAGCAGGUACAGGCAGGCGUGCCAUGGAUUGCACCAUCAAGGAGGCGCUGUCAGUCGUAAGCGAGGACCAGUCCAUAUUUGACCCAUCCUUUGGCACCCCACACCUCCUGAAGACAGAGCUGCCCUCGGUGGACAACUACGGUGGCAAGGAGGGCAUCGGUCUGGAGGAGCCCCAGUGGCAAGCCCAGGCCAACAGCAGAAGCCAUGUGGUGAAGCAGGAGAACGAGCAGGUCAACUGCUCCAGCAGGCAAUCGCCCGUGGACUGCAGUGUGACACGGAGGGGCAAAUCAGGGGGAGCAGUUGACCCGUCCCAGGUAUCAUAUCCAGGUGGAUACAACAACCAGCGCAGCAGCCCACCUGUUAACCCCCCCAGCGAGGAGAAGAGGGUCAUUGUCCCAGCAGACCCCGGCGUGUGGACCCACGAACACGUCCGCCAGUGGCUUGACUGGGCAGUGAAGGAGUACGACCUCAUCGAUGUUGAAACCGGCCUCUUCCAGCAUGUGGAUGGCAAGGAACUGUGCAAACUUGGCAAGGAAGGUUUCCUGCGGCUCACUACACCAUACAACGCCGACGUGUUGCUGUCUCACCUCAAUUACCUGCGCCAGAGCAGCCCCACUUUUACAUAUCCGCCUGCGCCAGUCAUUACUCAGCAGCCCCCGCCCCCACCACCCCUGAGGGCCCAAGUCAAAUCCGAGUCUGCAUAUGAAGAAAUACGGCGCAACAGCUGGGGCAGCGGCUCCAUCAGCACAACUUCCAAAGGUUCCCCACCACAGAUCCAGGGCGUCGGCAGGACUCCUGAUUCAACACGCAUUGCUCCAGAUCCAUACCAGGUCCUGGGACCCACUAGCAGCCGCUUGGCAAACCCAGGCAGCGGUCAGAUCCAGCUGUGGCAGUUCCUCCUGGAGCUGCUGUCGGACAGCAGCAACGCCAACUGCAUCACCUGGGAGGGCACGAACGGCGAGUUCAAGAUGACGGACCCCGACGAAGUGGCUCGGCGGUGGGGCGAGCGCAAGAGCAAGCCCAACAUGAACUACGACAAGCUGAGCCGGGCGCUGCGCUACUAUUACGACAAGAGCAUCAUGACCAAAGUGCACGGCAAGCGCUACGCCUACAAGUUCGAUUUCCAGGGCAUCAACCAGAGCCAGCAAGGGCAGCCGGGCGAACCUGCCCUCUACAAGUACCACCACACGGACCUGCCUUACCUUCCGCCCUACCACCAGCAGAAGGUGGGCUUCGGCCUGGGCCACGCCACCCAGAUGCCCACCUCCCCCACGGGCUUCUUCGGGCCCACCUCCCCCUACUGGAAUUCCAGCGGGGGAAACAUCUACCCGAACCCCAACGUGCCCAGGCAGCCCGGAAGCCACUUGAGCUCUUUCUUUUAGUCCCCUUGAUGCCUCCGGGGCCCUUGGAGCUACUCGGACUCCUGCGGCAGACAGCAGACAGCAGCCGAGCCCCAAGACUGUGAAUUAUCCUGGGUGGUGGUGAUGAGGGUCCUGCCACCAGGGGGCACCCCUCUCAUCUCCUUUGGCACUUAGCGCAACGCCCAUCUUAACUCCUCCUUCGCCACUAGGAGGUGCUGGACUUGGCUGGAACUUCUACAGCACAGAUGGGGAGCCUGCAGCUCUCCUGUUGGUGUUGGGACUACAACUCCCAUCGUCCUUGACCCCAAGCUGGGGAUGAUGGGAACUGGAGUCCGGCAACUUCGGGGAAAGGGCCACAGCUGCCCCAUCCAUGGCUCCCGAGCGAACAACAGACCCUAAUAAGGGCCUCUAAUUUGCAUGCACCAUAGCAAAGGGAACUUGAGGUUGCAAGAGAUGUUAGGCUGCUACUUGUUGUUGUCGUUCAGUUGUGUCCGACUCUUCGUGACCCCAUGGACCAGAGCAUGCUUGGCAUCUUUUCAUGGCUGGCCUAAGACGUUUUGCUGAUGACAAACACAGCUGAGCAGAGCAGGCUAAGCUGGGGGAACAGCACAGGCCGCAGGGGACCUGCAGCCUACUCCUCCA